AUGACAACACAAGUUCCAAAAAUUAAAUGGGCAGAAAGACCAGACUUUGUUUAUAUUACAAUUGAAGCAGAUGUUGAAUCUCCAGUUGUUAAAUUCGAAUCAAACAAAAUUUCAUUCGAAGGUAAAGGUAAAGAUGGUAAACAAUACGCCUUUUCCUAUGAUUUAUUCAAAGAAAUCGAUGCUGAUAAAUCAUCAACUGAUUUCAAAACAAGCAGAUACCCAAGAUUAAAAUUAGUUAAAAAAGAUGCCGGUCCAUAUUGGAACUUUUUAUUAAAAGAUAAAAAGAAAGACAAGUUUGUUGAAACCGAUUGGACUCUUUGGAAGGAUGAAGAUGAAGUAGAAGAAAAUGAAGAUGCUGGUAAAUUCGGUAACUUUGAUAUGGGUGGCAUGGAUAUGCAACAAAUGAUGCAAGGUAUGGGUGGUAUGGGAGGUAUGGGUGGUAUGGGAGGUAUGGGAGGCAUGGGAGGUAUGCCAGAUGGUAUGAAUUUCGAUGAUAUGGAUGAUAUGGAAGAUUUAGAAGACAAAGAAGAAGAAGGUGACAAAAAGAAUACCGAAGAAACUGAAGAAACUAAAUUAAACUCUGUUGAUUAA